GCGCUGAUGAUUUCAUCGCGCCAAUAUGGCCGGAGAGUAUCGGCUGUCUGCAACGCGAUAGUGAGAGCGAGUUGUCCGGGAGGCGCUCACACUGGAGGUAGGUCCAGAAAAAUAUGUCGGACUAUCUGAGGUCCGCGCUCGGAUACUUGAACGGAGGCAACGGCGGCGGCAACGAGUACGUCGGCCAGACAUUGGACAUCAACAAUGUGAAGCUGCGGGUGACGCGACUGAUCGCCGAGGGUGGAUGGGCUCUGGUGUUUGCAGUAGAAGACAUUGCCACAGGAGAAGAAUAUGCGCUUAAGAAACUUAUCGCUGUUGAUGAGGAUGCAAAUAAGACUAUCAUACAAGAAAUAGAAACAUUGAAGAGACUGUCAGGUCAUUCGAAUAUUAUUCAAUUCUUCUACGCUCAACGGCUAGAACGAGAGGAUCGUAAGGGUUACGAGUACUUGGUCGUUACAGAAUUAUGUCCUGGUGGUACCCUAGCUGAUAUACUUAGAAGCAUAUCUGUGAAUACACUGACUCUCGCCCAGGUGUGCAAGAUAGCCUAUCAGGCAACACGAGCAGUGCAUCAUAUGCAUAGCCAGCAACCGGAACCCUUCGUACAUCGUGAUAUUAAAUUGGAAAACUUUCUACUCGGAAGAGACGGCCUCGUGAAACUCUGUGACUUUGGUAGCGUGUCGACUCAACAAAUAUUGCCGAAUCCAUCAUGGAAUGCUCAAAAACGCGCUACACUGGAGGAUCAAAUGGCUAAAUAUACAACCCCUAUGUAUCGUGCCCCAGAGAUGAUAGAUACAUGGAACAAUGAACCUAUAGGGCCUCCAGUGGAUUGUUGGGCUUUAGGAUGCAUAUUAUAUUCUUUGAUUACAUUGCGACAUCCGUUUUCCGAGGGUAACAAACUAGCAAUUGUAAAUGGCAAGUAUCCACCGUUACCGCCUAAUCCGCGGUACGCGUGUCUGCAUGAUCUGAUAAAAGGAUGUCUACAAAUCUCACCCAUACAAAGAUUGACGACGGCGCAACUCCUGGAACGUCUGGCAGCGAUUGCCGAGUCAAACGAUUUCGAUCCUAGAGAACCACCGCAAAUCGAAAUUGUCAAGCCGUCGCCACCCCCGCGUCCGACGCCGCCGCCGCCACCGCCAUCGUCGUCGUCAUCCUCGUCAUCCAAUACACCGCCGCCACCUCCUCGUCCCACCCCGGUAAUGAUGCCGCCACCAAGACCGGCGCCCAUGCAGACAGCGGUGUCCAAAGUUCCGGCAACUCAAGCUACAACGGGCCUAUUCAAUUCGCUGAAAGGCGGCGCCGGCAGUAUCCUGCGUAAUCUGAAGGAUACCUCCAGCAAGAUGAUGCACACAGUUCAACAGAGCAUGGCCAGAACGGAGCUGGAUGCGAGUUAUGUGACAUCGCGCAUACUCGUUAUGCCAUAUCCGGCCGAUGGGAUCGAAUCCGCUUAUCGCGCCAAUCACGUGGAGGAUGUGAGGGCCUUUCUCCAAGCCAGGCAUCCACCGCCUGCUAAGAUUCAGCUGUACAAUCUGUCUCGCGGCCGGCCAAACGUCACGAGGCUCCCCGGCAGACACAUCGAUUGUUCGUUUGCCUACGCCACACCGGAAUCGAACGCGCCUAUGCUGUUCGCUCUGUAUCAGAUCUGUCAGGAUAUCUAUCAAUAUUUGAGCGCUGACUUCAAUCACGUGGUGGUGCUAUAUUGUACCGAUGGAUACCGAGCGAGCGCCACGGUAGCGUGCACUCUGCUGAUUCACUGCAAAGCCCUGACCACGGCCGAGGAAGCUAUCGCUUUAUUCACGACACGACGUUGCCAGCCGCCGAAUCUGCAGCCUUCAGAAUUGCGCAGUAUUAAUUACAUGAGUUUAUUGAGCAGUGGCCGACUACCGCACACUAAGCCCUUGGUCUUCCGUUCUGUCGUCAUACAACCGGUACCAUUAUUUACUAGAGCGAGGGAUGGUUGCCGUCCUUACGUAGAGAUCUAUAGCAAUGGCGCAUUGGUUUUCACGACCAAGAAGGCCAUCUACGAGGACAUGAAGCUAUUUGGGAUUAUGGAGGGCAAAGUUUGUUUGAUCCUAGGGGAUGCGGCCGUGCGCGGUGACGUCACUAUAAUGAUACAUCACGCCAGGCAACAACUGGGCCGCGUGAUUGGCAUCAAAAUCGCCUCGUUACAUUUCCAUACCGGUUAUGUACCCAUCACUGAGAGCACCUUGACAUUUGAGAAGCGCGACUUGGACGAUGCGCCCGAGAUCGGUGGCAAAUUUCGCGUUGUACUGAAUGUCAUGAUAGGUGAGGAAAAUUCAAAGCUAUCCAGAGUACCGGCACCUUGGGAGGCGGAAACUUGCGCCAAUCUUGUCCCAGAUCCGCUGUUUGGCUCGCCGCUAGAAAUGGAGGAGACUCUGGAGAACUUCAGAGCCGCUCUUCGUCCAGAAGAGACUCAAAAGGCACAACCGAACGAAACCAAUAAAGUUUCGCAACAUGAAGCAAUACCUCAACAGCCUGAAAACCCGAAAGAAGAGGAGCAGAUGAGCACAAAAGAAGGGAAUAACUUUCAGGAGGCUGAUUUGCUAAAUCUCGGCAUGCCGGACAAUACCUCAAAUACUCCCGCCACCACGGCGGCAAAUCCAGGUUUAGAUAUCUUUUCUAGCUCUAGUCAGAACGAAAGUGAUCUCUUGGGCGGUUUCGGCGUGUCGACAUCACAGAUCGAGACUGCCACCUCUACCUUGAUUAACAAUAGCGCCUCGGCUGAUUUAUUGUUCGGUGAUUCCGCAACGAGAAACAACAAUAAUCUGAACAUGAACGAUCUAUUAUUUGGACAGAGUCAGACAAUGUCGAGUAAUGUCAAACCACAGGUCAAUGACAUACUGUUCGAUCCGCUGGGCGGAAGUACCGCGAGCAAUCUUCUUGGCGAUCUCGCAGCCAAUUCUACCGCCAAAAUUCCGAAUACCGAGGAGAACUUGCCUCGAAAUGCCAGCGUGCCGAACUUUGCCGCUCAAGCCAGUAAAGAUCCGUUCGCCAAUCUGGCCAGUUCGUUGGGAACAAAUCUUGCGAGCAGCUGGAACGGCACGCCAAAGAACUCGAGUACCCCGCAGUCGGCGAGUCCGGCGCCCGCAAGCACACCGAUUCAUUCUAGCCCGAACACGAUGCAUAAAACCAACGAUAACGUGAACAGCGGUGCUACGGAUCCGCUUAGCUCUAAAGCGAAGGAGAAGACGAGCGGUGACGUGUUUGAGGAUCUUCUUGGCAGUCAGGGAUAUAAUUUCUUUAGUUCGCGCAAAGCCGAGAAGGACAGCCCGAAGACAAUAAAUCAGAUGCGAAAGGUAGAAGCGGCCAAGACGAUGGAUCCUGAUAGAUUGAAGAUAGCAGAAUGGACUGAGGGCAAGAAAGGCAAUCUACGAGCUUUGCUCUGCACCCUGCACACUGUUUUGUGGCCGGAGGCUGACAGAUGGCAGCGAUGCGAAAUGCAUCAAUUGGUUACGGCCGCGGAUGUCAAGAAAGCGUAUAGAAAAGCCUGUCUGGCUGUGCAUCCGGACAAGCAAGCUGGCACGGCGAAUGAGAAUAUAGCGAAAUUGAUUUUUAUGGAGCUGAACAACGCGUGGAGCACGUUUGAAAAUGACGCGUCGCAGCAAAAUCUAUUUAGCUAAUUUUAAUGAUCCUUAUCUGUUAUCGAGAGAACCUAUUUCUGUAAUUAAUUUAGUUCCUAGUGGAAGGGGAGCUAAAAGCGAGCGGGGAUCUUAUCCAUCAGAUAACCGCAAUAAUUACAUUCCAACUACGUUAUUUUAGCUUUAGAGAGAGAGAGAGAGACAGAGAAAAAAAGAGAUAGGGUGGCAAAAAAAAGAAAGAGCGAGAUUGGCGAAGCAGUGCUUCGAGAUACAUCUCCUUAUUGUUUCAACGCCUUGUAAACCUAGUUAAAAUCUCAAUUAUGACAGUAUGGCGUAUAACGUAUAUAUGUAUAUAACGCAAAUGUACAUUAAAAAAAAGUUCCCAAAUAUACGAAGCUAUUUUCCGGCCGAAAGAGAAA